UGUGUAACAAUGCACGCAUGCGCAGUUGUACCAACCAAAAGUGUGAAUGACAAUUUGAGGUUAUGUAAAAACUGCAAAUUUAAGAAAAUUCGCUUAAUUAAGUGUGUACUAGUCAUGAACGUGUAAUAUAAAACACUACUAUGGCUUGGUGGAAAAAAUUAUCAUCUUGGUUAAUAACAGACGCCGGCAGAAAAUUUUCCUACUAUGCAGCCGGUACGGGGUCCACAGGCAUCCUUUUAGCCCACGUACUCCCCCAAACCCUCCUCCUGGACCAAUACGUUGAAGUUUUCCAUCUCUACAAACAUGGAUUUUCAGUCAAACUAACGGAACAACUACAACAAAGAUUCCAGAAAGCUUUAGAUCUUCUUGAAAUCGAUAAACGCGAUCAGCAUUUAUAUAAGCCCUUCGCGGGCUACGGUUUUGACAUUUUUAGUGCCGGUACGUCGUACAGUAAAUACGGUGUGCGUGUGGGACUACCAGCAAAUUUUUUCUAUAAUGAUUUAUCUUCUGUUGAUAAGCAUUCAAUCAAAUUAAGAGAUGACUCCAUCGUGUGGGAUAUGGAUGAGGGGAAGCUCCUUCAGAAGUCGCUUGUUUUGUCUGAGAAUGCCCAACUUUACGCAAUGGCUAGAGAAAUCAAGUUCCGAGAUACUCCUAAGUGGUUUAUUGAUACAGGCGUGGCCGUGUUGUCUUUUACUGGAAUGUACGGAUUAUGUCGCUUGUUUAACGAGAGGGGAAAUUUACUUGCAAGACCAAGAAGUUUAAGGUUUGUGCUGUAUGCAUUAGUAGGAGCUUUUUCUUUUGGAAGUUAUGCUUUGUGUAAAGAUGUUUCACAAGUUUAUUUUGAAAGCAAAAUUGAUAAGGAGUUGAAGCAGAAAAAUCCCGUUUUUGCAGAAGGCGGGAAGGAGUUUUAUAGUAAGAUAGUGCACAGAAAUAUUGCGCUGAGAAAACUUUUGGGGAAAGAAGGCGAAAGAACGUAUACUGCGUUAGGAAACGACAACUAUUUUAUUAGAUAUAAGCAUGUACCUGUAGUGCAGCGGAAAUCGUUUUUUGAUGAACCAUUGUAAUGUUAUGUAAAUAAAUUGUAAAUUUUA